AUGAACGACGAUUACAAUCACAAGUCAAAUGCCGAAACACCAAAACAUGAAGGAGGCUCCGGAAAAUCAACUGUGCAGGUCAUCUUCCCUCAGGAUCGAUUAGAGCGAGACCAAUCACCUGUCGCAUCUGGGGCUGAUUUCGCUGCCACACAGGAGAAUCGCGAUCAUCAGCGUAUAGAGAGGUACAUAGGCAAGCACCUGGAAGCCCUCUCGUACUACUUCUGCCAUUACCUCAUCCAGCCUCCGAGUGCUGAAGACAACUGGAUCGCGGGUGACGAAGACGAUGUUUGGGGCCCCCUUACACCUGUGUCCAACGAAGCUCCUAGCGUACAUGAAGAUGAAGACGAAGAAGAAGAAGACCCUAGAGGGCAAGAGAGAAAGAAAAAGAGGCGCAGAGUUCAUGAAACCUCUAAAGAGUCUAAUUAUCUGCCCAUCGGGGGCGAAAAGGUCACAUUCACCAUUUGGCGCGAGGAGUACACUAGGGACGGCCCAUUUGUGCCUGGUACAUCCAGUCAAUCACUUGCUGGUGUCCGAGGCAUCUUGGAUGACUUUCGGCGCUCGGUACAGCACGAAUUUGUACAAUCAGGUAGAUCUCGAUGA